ACUUACAAGGAGGCGUGUAUUGGUCGAACGUGAAGGGAAGACGGCAAAAAAACACUCUUGGAAAGAAAUGAGUUCGCCGGAGGCUGUGGAUUCCGGCAGGUUCUCCGGCCAGAAGUCGAACUUCUCUCAGACGUGCACCCUCUUUAGCCAGUACUUGAAAGAAAGAGGCUCUUUUGGUGAUCUCCAUCUCGGGACACCCAACACGACCCAGACAAUGAAUCUGCUGCCCAUGAUUGAGAAUUCGGGUCCUGGUACCAGACCUGUGACCCGGUUCACUAAUUUCGGAUCCAACUUUACCAAAGAGGAAGAAGAGAUCACCAAGAAGAUCUGUUCUAGUACUGUGGCAAAAGGAGGAGAGGCUGAGAGCUCACAAAUGACAAUAUUCUAUGGCGGUCAGGUGUUCGUCUUCAACGAUUUUCCGGCAGAAAAAGCUGAGGAAAUUAUGGUUUUGGCUAGCAGAGGAAGAACCACAAACAAUCCCAAUAUCUUUUCCUACAACAACUCAACAUUGCUGCCCUCAAAACCCGCCGAAUCUUCUUCCACAACGGUUUCUAUCACUCUUGGGAACCAGAAACCAGUUAACCCCAUUACUACAUCUGACUUGCCCAUUGCGAGGAGGCAUUCGCUUGCCAGAUUCUUAGAGAAGAGAAAAGAUCGGAUCACUUCAAAGGGACCGUACCAGAUGAUGGGCAGCAACGCCAUGAUGGUUUCUUCAUCCAAGCCAGAAGAGAGCAACAAGGCUUGGCUGGGAUUAGGAGGAGCCCAAAUUACGGUCAAAAUCGAACCCCAAUCUUAACUUCUUCUUUGUUCCUUCUUUGGGAUUUGAUGAUCAAUUACUGCAUUAUGUUUGAUGUGUAAAAACAUUAAUUAAUAGCUUAAACACCUAAUCUAUGGUUUAAAGUUACUCUCUUUGAGAUCAAAGAAACAGCAAAACAAAUCAAUGUUCAUACCGUUGCGAUCUCAACGGUGUGAUGUUAGGACAAGGAUACAGUCCCACAUUGAACAUUUAGUCUAAAAAAAGAAUUAUAUUAUAUGGAGUAUAUAAGAAUGAGAAAAAGACUAAACUAGGAUCAAACAU